AUGGCUUCUGUGCAACAGCUGUUUUCCCUCGAAGGCCAGACCGCCCUCGUCACUGGCGGCACUCGCGGUAUGUACAUCCUCGCAAGUCCCUUCCACUGCCGGUUACUGACAACGACACCAGGCAUUGGUCAAGCAAUGGCCAUUGCCCUCGCUGAAGCCGGCGCAGACAUCCUACUCGUCCAGGCAAAACUCCCUCCGUGCACCCUCUCCACCUCACUACUAACCACCCUUCUGCAGCGCGACGAAUCAAACCAAUCCACCCUCCAAGAGAUCCGCACUCUCGGCCGGAAAGCCCAAAUCUACACCGCCGACCUUGCCUCCCGCGACUCUGUCUCCUCGCUCGUCAAAACAGUAAUCUCGGACGGUUAUCAAAUCCACAUCUUGCUCAAUUGCGGCGGUAUACAACGACGACACCCCGCCCACGAGUUCCCGGACAACGAUUGGGAUGAAGUGUUGAACGUAAAUCUGAAUUCAGUGUUUACACUCUGCAGAGAUGUAGGCGCACACAUGCUAUCCCGCGACCCCGAUCAACACGGCCGCCGCGGGGCCAUCAUCAACAUUGCCUCUUUACUGUCUUUCCAAGGCGGAUUCACCGUCCCCGCUUAUGCGGCCAGCAAAGGCGGAGUCGCGCAAUUGACAAAAGCAUUGAGUAAUGAGUGGGCCUCCAAAGGCAUCAAUGUCAAUGGCAUUGCUCCCGGCUACAUUGCCACGGAAAUGAACGAUGCGCUGAUGAAAGACAAGACGAGGAGUGAACAGAUUAUGGCGAGGAUACCGGCUGGCAGGUGGGGCAAGCCUGAGGAUUUCAAGGGGCCUGUCGUGUUCCUUGCUAGUAGGGCGAGCGGAUAUGUGAGUGGUGAGAUUUUGACUGUGGACGGUAGUUGGAUGGCUAGGUAG